UUUUAAAAAAAGAAAACAAAUUUGACCACCUUUGAACCCUCGGAAGUGUCAGAUGUAUUUUGCAUGCGAUAAAAAAGUAGUAAACACGCACACUUGGUGCUCGUUGACAGUUGGUAGCUUUUAAACCCUUGGAUGUACUAGAAAGAGAAAAGGAAAGAGAGCGCGAAACUUCACAUUCCAUCAUUCGCUCUCUCACGAAGCACUCCCGGAGUGAGAAGCGGGAAAGCUUUCCCACUCAACCGUCAUGCGCACGCGGAAGAAAAGCGUCAAGGAAAACGGGCGAAUGAAAAAGCGAGAGCGCACGAACCGUUUGUGAGCGAGAGCGUUCGCUGUAGUAAAAAAGUAGCUAGAGAAUGUGCUUCAAAGGACGACACACAGUUGUCACAGUAUAGUGACGCAAUCGUUCCCUAUCCUGCACGAUGCAGUGUGGGUGGUCCAAGUGCGUGAGGGAAAGAGAGCGUGUGCAAAUGGAAAAUUAGGCUACCCCGCGUGAGUCUGAGUUUGGCUGUCAGACGUAGGAAAAUUUGCACCGUUCAUUCACAACGAGCAUUUUCGCGGUGUGUUAAGCAGUAGCCUAGGAGCGGUAGCUGGUGAGCCGGAAGCGGAGACCAUUCCAACUGUUCUAAACGCAACGGCGCCUCGGUUCUGGCGUACCACCGCGUACGCCUAUGUGUGUGAGCAGUGUGAAAACGCAGAGCUGGUGACCGUGUCCGCCCGGUGGAGCGGGAGCAAUUUUGUGUCGUGAAACAGUGUGAAUUGAAUAGCAAAAAAGAAAAAAAAGAAAAAGUACAAAAGCAGAAGAAACCGCCUGAAGAAAGUGAACGUUUUUUGGGGGAAAUCAUAGGAAUUUGUGGGCGAAUUCGAACGGCAAACCACCACCAAAAUGCAGCCCCCACCACGAAAAGGCAAUUACACAAAGUUUCUGAAGAAUCUCCACACGGAGCAGUUGGCAAAGCUAGCGCUCAAGAAUCAGAACGAGUGCGAGCUGCUCGAGGACAUCCGACAGUUUACGCUGAAGCGGUCCGCCAUCGAGAAAUCGUACAGUGAGGCACUGCUGAAGAUAUCGUCGGCAUACUUGAACAAGAAGCAAGCAUGCAUUCCCGAGAUCAAAAUGGAUGGUGCGGACGAGAAAUGGAAUAUGUGGAGCGUAUGGCAGACGGUAUUGGAGGAGAACGAAAAGUUGGCCCGAGCCCGUCUGGCUGCGGUGGAGGUGUUCCAGCAGCAGAUCGCUGACGAAGCCAAAGUCCUGCGCAGCACCAAGCUUAACAGUAGCAAACGCUGCAUCGAGAACCUGGGCGUUGUGCAGAAGGAGCUACAAAAUUCGGUCACCGACGUCGAUAAGACGAAGAAGAUAUACUUCGACGAGGAGCACAGCGCCCAUGAUGUGCGCGACAAGGCGCGAGACAUUGAGGAGAAGCUCAAGAAGAAGAAGGGCUCAUUCUUCCAGUCCAUCACAUCGCUGCAGAAGAACAGUGCCCGUGUGACGUCGCGCAAGGAACAGCUGGAGGAGAAAUCAACGGGAGCCCGGAACGAUUAUAUUCUAAGUCUGGCGGCAGCGAACGCACACCAGAACCGUUACUUCACCAUCGACCUGCAGACGACGAUGGCAACGAUGGAGAAUUAUGUGUAUGAGCGGGUAGCCGACUAUUUGGCACUGAUUGGCCGUACCGAACUGUUGACCUGUUCGGCCACGCAGAACUCAUUCGGUAAGAUACGCGACCAGGCGCAGCAGCUUACGCGUGAGUACAAUCUGCAGUGCUGCUAUCUGUACUAUCCGGUACUGAAGCAACACAUCCAGUACGAGUUCGAACCGUGCGAUCAGGAUCCGGUGCGUAAGAUUACGGCGGAUCAUGAAUCGGCCGCAGAUACGCUGAGUCGCGAAGGUAAACGAUGGGCGGGUCGGGUCGCUCGUGAGAGUAAUGUUAUUCGGGAGUGUGCCCGUAAGUUGGCGGUGUGUACAGCGCUACGGGAAGCUGGCCAUCGUACCGAUCCGAACGAUCAGAACGGACCGGAUCUGGAGACGAAGAUUGAGGAGUUCCGUGAAAACAUUCGCAAGUCGGAGAUUGCAAAGGCGAAGGCGGAAGCACGGUUGGAAUGCUUGCGUAUCGGAGGUAUUAAUGUGGACGAAUGGAUACAGGAGGCGGAAACGCUCAGUGUGCAGGAGAUGCCACGUUCAGCCAGUUCGCUAUCGAUGCGCACGGAUGCGUCUGGACAAGGGGAAAAUCCCAGCUCGGAUUCGUUCUACGACAGCGACAACGCCGAACAAGAUCAACCAGUGUCGGAGUCAUCGCCUGCACCGAAACAACCGGAGCCACCAUCGGACGAGUUUACGGCUGACAGUGAUGAGGAUGAGGAGUUCGGCGUGGAACAGGAAAGACAGAAAAUCGAGCAGAUUUCUCACGGUUGGGACGACCCUACACAGGUCGACUGGGGUGCAGAGGAGGCAGCUGCAGCAGCGGCCAGUAGCCAAGCAGCCGUUGAGACUGCUGCAGCCGCAGUGCAACCAAGGGAACCAGCGGGACAGACGUUUAAGUGUACCGCACUGUACUCGUACACCGCUCAGAAUCCGGACGAGUUGACCAUCGUGGAAAGCGAGCAGCUCGAGGUGGUAGGUGAAGGUGACGGUGAUGGAUGGCUGCGGGCACGUAACUAUCGCGGUGAGGAAGGCUUUGUGCCACACAACUAUCUCGAUGUGGAGCGAGACACACCGGUCGAUACGCACACGCCUGCACAGCUUUCGUCGCAGAUUUCCUUCUCGUCGGUUGACUACACCGUGGACAACGAGGAUCAAGAUCAGCUACAGGAUUCCGGUCAAUCGCCAGAUCAGAUUUCGGUCAUUUCAGCACCGCGCAAGGUCAACAAUCAGCUGUACUGUGUGGCGUUGUACGAUUACGACGCCACCGCCGAGGAUGAGCUGACAUUCGAGGAAGGACAAAUUAUCAAACUCAUCACUAAAAGCCCGCAUGGUGUGGACGAUGGAUGGUGGGAAGGCGAGUUGAUGGGAAAGAUCGGCAAUUUCCCUUCGCUGGUGGUGGAAGAAUGCGAUGAGAACGGUGAACCACUUACCGAUGCUGAGGAUGAAUCUCCUCCACCAUCGGCACCGCCUACGUUUGCUGCACCGGCUCCACCACCGCCGAUGAUUCUACAGGAAGCAACACCUCCUGAAGGUCAAAGUCCAAAUUUGUCCAAUGCUGGGCCUGCAAUCGACAAGUUUGAGUUUGAGUUAAACAACGACCAACAUGAACAGUAUGGAACUCAAUUUUCGGCACCGCCAUCACAACCACCGCCGGUUGUAAUCUGUGAGGAUCCUGAGGCCGAAGAGGCCGCUACUAUGGAAGAGGAAUCUCGACAAGGAGCAACCGCAGCAGCUACUGCUAGCAGUGAUGAUAGCAACCAACUCAACUUUGCACAGAUCAUUGUAACCUGCGCAACACCGAUGCACGAAGAGCCGGACAAAAAGUUCCCGCCGGCAGAGGAUGGCCCACCAGCCGGAGAUGACGAGCAGGCAGAGAUCGUGGAAAAGCAGGAGCAGGAAAAGCAGGAGAUCAGUAGCAAGCAGAAAUCUCAGGAUGCCGAGGUGCCAAAGCCACCCACGCCACCGUCACAGGAACCCACGACCAAACCGAAAACCGCUCCGCCAAAGCCGGCCAAACCACCGUCACCACCAAAGCCGGAAAAGCCGGCAACCGCCCCGAAACCCACCAAUGUGGCGGCAAAAAGUGCCACCGCCAAGAAGCCGGAACGGGCCCGACCGGGUACGGUGCCGGAACCCGAACCCGAGCCGGAACCGGAUGCGACCCCGAUAGAGGAUCCGGUUGCACCGUUCGAGGCGAACUUUGAAGCCAACUUUGAGGCCGGGUUUGCGGCCAACUUUGACGAUGCGUUCGGGCAGAGCAGUCAGCCGGAGGUGCCGAAGCAGGUGGUUGGAGGGCGGGCCAGCAUACCGGAAGAGCUGGAACCGCAUCAGCUGGCUCGGCUGCAGAAUCUGAAGGAAUCGAACGCAUAAUGCACCGGUUAGUUUGGGCACGUGACGGGUGAAUCGGCAUAGUAUUACGGGGACGGAGUGUUGCGAAAAUAUCGAUUAGGGGGAGCGUACAUAAAAGCAAACCGCGCAGUGUGUCGAACGUUACGUGGACGUCAGUAGAGGGCCGUCAUGCAAAUCAAAACAAUCUGCUGCAACAAUCAUAUAAGGUAGGGUAUUGCAAAAGGAACGGUUUAUAAUUGAGGUAAAACACAGCUUUUUCCGUUGCUUGUCGGUCAUGUUCCGACCUCCAAACUUCCUUCAAUUCAAGGUGUAUUAUUCGGUCAUCCAUUGUAUUUUUCGUUCUUGUCGUAAACCAUUAUCAUCAUCGUCGUCGUCGUCGUUGUUUAUCGUAUCAUGUAUACAAAUGUAAGCGGAAUGUCCACGGGAUGAAAGUGAGGAAUUAAGAAAGAUAACAUAAAACACUUAACGCAUUCAAGCUCCUGCGUUUGCGAAUAACGAACAAACUAGAAGCAUGUCCGGGAUACAACUCUGGCUUCCCUACGGCAAGCAGAUGGGUUUUGUGCAUUUGUGAUAAUAAUGCAUUUUAAUGUGUGUCCAUCGUGCCAUUUCCUUUCCAGCGGACCAAUGCGACCAAAUUUGACCAAUCUAGUUGAAAACAGAAGAAAAAAAACUUAGAAUUGUUUCUGCCCACCACUGUCUAUUUCCGGACACUGUGACUGUCCCAGUUGGACCCGGUAAAGCUCAAUGCCAAUUGCUCAUGAAGUUUUGGUAAUAGCUGCUCUGAAGCUUUUAGUUACAAGAAAACCAAAAAAGGACAUUUCUUUCCGAACUGUUUAACUCAAGUAGUGGGUUCAGUUUUUGAACAUAUCACAGUGGAGGCCGUUUUGUUUUGUUUUUAACUUGAUUUAAACCAUCUACCUAUAUCAUGAUUCCCCCCUUAUCACUGCUCUCUACUGCACUGUACCAACCAAGAUACUAGGUCGUGAAGAGCGAUUUCUUUCGACCCUGGUUCGAUCUUUCUGCCGUGUCCCGUACACCUCCAUCUACCAGCAUCGGUCUAUAAUCUUCAGGAAAAUAAAAAAAGAAAAGAUUUCCUUACGCUGUUCCACGACGAAAGCAACAAAAAGAAGAAAAAACUCAAGCCUAUUGCCUAGUAUAUCGCGUUACCUUUACCUAUUAUUGAGUAGGAGUUUUGUUGAACUAAACACUAAUAGGGGAUUGCCUGGUUGACUUAUGUUUUCAGUUCGCUCUGCAGCGUGGUUGUAAAGGAAGGAAAAGUAGCAAUAAGUGAAAGGAAACUGAGCAAACGAUACGGAAGUUAAAUACCAGUAAAAGAAAGAUCCAAAUCAAACCCCAAGAGCGGUUGCAGCUGAGAACAAAAAAAAAGGAAAAAAACGAUGUAAGAUUUUAGCAUCUAGAUUCCCCCCCCCAACUCGGUUCUGACACUACGAGCAGACUAUACUCAUUAGUAAAUUUUCGAUGGUAACCUUAAGGGUGCCAACGUUGCCAUUAUUACAUAUAACUAAACGCGAUCGUAACGCGUGCAAAAACGAUCCGCUAAGCACUAUAUUUGCCGAACGUACAAUAAUUACUCAAUCUACAACAUCUACAACACGGGUAGAUAAAUACUACAUUACACCAUACAUGCGAUGGUUUCGUUUCGCUUAGAUAAUCCGAAUGUUGUUCUGCUUCGAUCGAUUAGUUUUUUGUGUUCCGUUUCGAAUACUACUUAAGCCCUCCGUUCGAUACGCGCGUUAUGCAAAUCAAAGUGAAAUAAUCUAGCCAAGCACGGAUGAGUUAAAUGCAAACGGAUCUACAAAGAUAGAUGCACUUGGGGCAUAGGGUGGGAACGAUAUGGGUAGGAUAGCUUGUACGAGUGCUAUUUACGAGACACAUUCUAUUCGCUAAAACCAAAAAAAAAACCUUCGCAUACAAUGUUCUAGUGCACACUGUAUAACACAAUAAUUAUCAAACUGGUAGGAUUCGUUGCGGAGAGAAGAAAAACCCCAACAAACUCACACACAAUCACGUAACCUAAUGUAACUGCGUUGAAAUGUUUAGAAGGAUCGAUUACACUUAGCACUAGGUGGAAAGCAUAAAACAACGCAGCGCCGUAGAAGGGGGAAAAACACACACAUCCUGUGCAGGGAUGGAAAAGGCCUUUCAGAGUAAUAUUCUAACUGCAAUGCACCAAAAACGCAACCCCUUUAUGAUUUCCACCAAAUGCGUUAGAACCGGGCCAUUUCUCUAAAACCUUUUACUCAGCCUCGAAUUCUGAUAGGAGUUUAAAACGAUUCGAUAGCUUCGUUGUGGUAGCGAUCACUGGUUCCUGGUUCUUGGUCUUGAUGCUGAAGUGAAAUAAAAAAAUGUAAGUUGUAAAAAAAACAAAUCAUAUAAACCCCAAAAAACACUUUAGCUCUUAGUGCAUUUAGUCAUGUUAGUGAAGCGUGUGUGUAUGUGUUUUUGCGCAGACGAUGUUGGAACAAUAUCCUUAAAGUGGUGUCCAUAUCUUGCCGGUAUUGCUUGGUUUGCCUUCGUAAAUCAAUUGCAUUUUGGGGUUUUUAGAGCCGGUUUGAUGUUUUGUUCGCGUGCAGAUGAAUUAGCAAAGGUUAGGAGAUUUAUUCCGUUUUGCUAGAGAACCGUUCAUUUGAUACCUGAUAUUAACUUUGGUUAGCAGAAUAAUGUUAAAGUGUAUGCGCGUAAAGUGAACAGCUUGAAUAUAUGCAACAAAAAAGACGAGAAUAAGCUGAAUGAGCAACUGAACCGUAUCGACACUAGGCGCUCUGUACAUUUGCGAUGGAAAAAGGGGAGAAGAAAAAAAAGGGGAAUACACAGCUUACAGGGCCGGACAUUUGUGCAAUUUCUCGCAACCUCAAACGCUCCUUAUAACCCUAUCGAAUUAAAAGAAGAAAUGUACGCAUUACACAAAAUCUCAAAACAAUUAUACAUAAAUAUAGGCAUACAUAAAGCUAUAUAUAAAUACAUUACCUACAAAAAAAAAACUCGUAUUCGCAAUUACACCUUGUGACCUGUUGAACGCGCAACAACAAACAAACAAACAAACAAAAACCAGAAAUCACACAGAUGCAAACAUACACACACACACACUUAUCCGUUCUUUUGUUCUUCUUCGUGGUAGCAGAUCCUUGCUAUGUUUAGUACAGUUAGUUCAAAUAUUGCGCGAUGUGCGAUCGUAGAAAGAGUGCACACAGAACCGAAGAAAGUAAAGGAAAAUGCAACGCAAAACCAACCAAAAAAAAAAAACAAACAGAUUGUGUCAUUGUGCCCCCCAUUAUGUACAUCCAUGUAGCAAUAAUAAUAAGUAGAUAAUGUGUUUUUUGCGAAAUACUCCAAACGGUUAAUCGCGCCUUGUUCAUCCGUAAGUCCCGUUUCUCUAAACGUUUGGGAAAGUGAAGUAAGGUAAUGGAAAAUAUUGAACCAAACAACAACAAAAAAAAGAAGAAAGCAAACAAAAAAAAAACACAACCAUUUUUGCAUAUGUUUCGGUUUUUGUUUUACGCGAUUGUAAGCAAUUAUGUAGAAGCUAAACAUAUAGAAAAAGAAAAACACAUCAUACCCCCCUCCCCCCCCCCGUACCCGUUAAUUAAUGCCCAUGGUGUAUAAGCAUGAUUACAAAAGCAAUUGGCAAUGGAGCAAAACAAAAACUCAAGAAAUAAGGCCAACUGUAACUGUUACAGGAUUGCAUUUGUCGUAUGUUACGUGCAUACAGGUUGCACGCACCAUUUCUAACGGAGUUUUAGUCAAAAGAAAUCAGUUAAGUUUAAUGUCCUGUGUUGACUAUUCCUCAUAAUUGCGAUUAUGGUUGUACUUAAUUCUAUCAGUCAAAUAAAUCUAUGAAGAAUGCUAAACGGA